AUGAACAGUAUGAUGCAGCCGCAGAUUAUUCUACUAAAGGAAGGCACGGACACAAGUCAGGGCAAGGCCCAGCUCAUCAGCAACAUUAAUGCAUGUCAGGCCGUGAUGGAAGCUGUGCGCACGACGCUUGGUCCACGUGGCAUGGACAAGCUUAUCCAUACGGGAAGAAAGACCACGAUUUCGAAUGACGGUGCCACCAUUAUGAACUUACUAGACGUCGUGCACCCAGCGGCCAAGACGCUCGUGGAUAUCUCGCUAUCACAAGAUGCUGAAGUGGGCGACGGCACCACAUCUGUCGUUCUUCUUGGUGCUGAGUUUAUGCGUCAAGCUAAAUCUUUUAUUGAAGAGAAUAUGCAUCCGCAAAUGAUAAUCAAAAGCUAUCGCAAGGCUGGCCAACUCGCUGUACAAAAGAUCAAGGAGAUUGAAAUUCGUGUGGCUGAUUCGGAUGAGAUUGGACGUCGCCAGAUGCUAGAGCGUGUUAGUGGCACGGCAUUGAACUCAAAGCUGAUUUCGCGUCAUAAGCACUUUUUUUCUCCUAUGAUUGUUGAUGCGGUUUUAAGUUUAGGAGAAGGCCUUGACAUCAGUAUGGUUGGCAUUAAAAAGGUGCCGGGUGGAUCAGUUACCGACUCGUUUCUUGUCAAGGGUGUCGCGUUUAAAAAAACAUUCUCAUACGCCGGUUUUGAGCAACAGCCCAAGACUUUUGUGGAUCCAAAGAUUUUGCUUUUGAACGUUGAGCUUGAACUGAAGUCGGAGAAAGAGAAUGCUGAGGUGCGUUUGGAUGACCCAGCUAAGUACCAGUCGAUUGUAGAUGCCGAAUGGAAUAUUAUCUACGAAAAGCUAGAGCUAUGCGUAAAGAGUGGUGCCCAAAUUAUCCUUUCCAAGCUUCCGGUGGGUGAUUUGGCUACGCAGUAUUUUGCCGAUCGUGGUCUCUUUUGCGCCGGCCGUGUUGCUCAGGAUGAUAUGGAACGUACUCAACGUGCUACUGGUGGCGUGGUGCAAACGUCAGUGCAUGAUAUGAAUCCGUCCGUUCUUGGAUCGUGUGGUCGGUUUGAAGAGCGUCAGAUCGGUAAUGAGAGGUACAACAUCUUCAUGGAGUGCGCUGAAGCCAAAAGCUCAACGAUUGUAUUACGUGGUGGGGCCGAGCAAUUCAUUGAGGAAGCCCACCGAUCGGUGCACGAUGCACUUAUGGUUGUGAAGCGCGCCGUAGCGUCGUCAACGGUAGUUGCAGGAGGGGGUGCCAUUGAAAUGGAAAUUUCUCGACACUUGCGCCAGUAUGCGCGUACUAUUGAAGGCAAGGCCCAAUUACUCGUGAAUGCAUAUGCCAAAGCAUUCGAGAUCAUUCCUCGCCAGAUUGCUGAGAAUGCAGGUCAUGAUGCGACGGAUAUUUUGAAUCAUUUGCGUCAAAAACAUUUUAAGGAUCCCGAAGAUGGCAAGUGGUUUGGCGUUGAUAUUACCACCGGCGGGAUUUGUGAUACAUACGAGUCGCAUGUAUGGGAACCAGCAGCAAACAAGAUCAACUCGAUCGCCGCAGCAACGGAAGCCGCAUGUCUUAUUCUGUCAGUAGAUGAGACUGUGCGCAACCCCAAGUCAGAGCAGCCACAAGCUGGUCCUUCUGGUGGAGCACCUAUGAGUGCCGCUAUGGGUGGUCAAGGCAUGCGUGGUAUGAUGGGCGGAGGUCCAGGUCGUGGGGUGCGUGCUUUCCGUGGCAAGGGUGGUGCAUAA